AUGGCGGCGUUAGGGUUUAGAGUGAGUGAAGUGGUUUUGUGUUUGGUAUCGUUUUCAAUCAUGGCGGCUGAUAAGACGAAAGGGUGGAGUGGUGAUUCUUAUGAUCGUUACAAAGAGUACAGGUAUUGUUUGGCUGUGAACAUUAUAGCUUUCAUUUACUCUGCAUUUGAAGUUUGUGACGCUGCUUGCUACAUCGCAAAAGAGACUUACAUGUUAAACUGCGGAUGUCACGACAUCUUUGUCUUCUCUAUGGAUCAACUUAUUGCGUAUCUUCUGAUGUCGGCUUCCUCUUGUGCUGCUACUCGAGUUGAUGAUUGGAUAUCUAAUUGGGGUAAAGAUGAGUUUACUCAAAUGGCAACGGCAUCAAUAUCAGUUUCUUUUGUAGCGUUUGUGGCGUUUGCGGUCAGCGCUUUGAUUUCUUCUUACAGGCUCUUCACUCAUGCUUCCACUUAG